GAUUUUCUUCACUUUUUAGUUCGGGUUAAAUUUGCUGAGAUGACAGCAGCUGUGGCGGCAUUGGUGCUUUUCUUAGCUGCUAUUGACUGUCAGGUUCUGGCAAGGCUUCCUCGGCCAGUCAUGGAACGAGAAUCACUGUACCUGGCUGCUGGAGCAGUAGAGGCUGUGUUGUCCAAGGUACGACAUGAUAAUACCUCCGUCCUCGUGCUCACAGAUCGCAAUACGUCACCUUCUACGGUCUUCCUGAUGAGAGCUGGACUCUUCGCCCCCUGGGGAAUGGGAGUGUUUGAAAUGAUAACACAUAAUCAAGACACGAACGAAACCUUACCUCAGAUUACUCAGGUGAUCAGCGAGGCUCGUCGGCUGCGGCAAGUGUCAUGGAGUCUGACGGUGGUGGUGGUGAGCGACGACCCAGCCUUCCUCGCCGCCUUCGCCGAGUGGUCCCUCAAGGGCCGCCUCCUGGUGUGGCCGACGAGGCUCCUCGCCGUCACUCACCUGCCCCUCUCGGAACUCCAACAUCUUUAUGGAAUGUUUUCAAAGACGAACUCCCUGGUGCUUACUGUGGACAACACCAUAGCUUCCAUUAGGUAUAAUGUGUACAUGCACGUGCCAUUCACUCCUCGGGAAGACCAAGUACUUCGUGUUGCAUCGUGGACUCCUGAGAAAGGUCUUACCAUCAACAGUCAUUCGACACUUUUUGAGGAAAAAUUUUCCAAGUAAGAUUUUUAUCCGAUUGAGUGAAACUUCUAAUUACAAUUAUAUAAUUUCGUAAAAAGUGAAUGUUUUUAAAUGUUUCUUAUAAAUUUAUCAGAUCCAU